GCUAUGGCUGGCUACCACUGACAAUCAAUUUGCCUCCAUGAUGACGACAUAACAUGACACCAAUCCAUCCAUUGAUUUGUCCACCGCUCACCUCACCAAACAUUGAUUUCUCCACCCCCACCAUUUGUUUGGUCGCGCUGGGGCUUCUGGAGGUCGGCUGGGUGAUACUGGGGCGGCACCGCGGUUCUCAUGCCGCCCCAAUAUCACCCAGGCGGAUUUCAAGAAGCCCCACCGCUCACCCAGUGAAUCGUCAGACACUCAAUUCACCCUCACCGCCAAGCGUAAGUCUAUUCACACCCCACCCCAUCCGCGUCACCCGUCCCAUACACCCACCCCUCUAGUACCCCCCCUCCCCUUUCGGCAGUUGGUCAUGCGUCUGCACUGGCACCUUUCGCGUCUUGCCGCUCGCCCCGCAUGGUGGCUGGCGGUGGCUGGUUCAUCAGCACCAGCGACAUCGUCCGCCCGUCAUGAGCCUCAACAGACGCAUCGCGAAGGAACUCCGGACGCUCCACAGCAGCGGCAGAAGAUGAUGCACCAGCCGCAGUACCAGCGUCAUUCACAGCUGCCGGUUGGGCAGCAGCAGCAGCAGCGGCAGCAGGAGGGGAGGGCUGUGGUGCCACCGACGGGUGCUGUUUGUGUGUGGGGGAUGGGAGGGAGGAGUCGCCGACCUGGUGCUGUAGCAGGAGGGAUGCCAGCUGUUCGGGCGUGUGGUUGGAGUUGGGCAUGAAGACGCCUUCCGGUAGGCCGUGGUGCCGCUUGCAUAUCUUCUUGAGGCGGGAGGCGAUGAAGAACAUCUUCUUCCGCUUCGCCUCGCUCAGGUACGACAUGUCUGAACCAACGAACCAAUCAGACAACGCAUCAGCGGAGUCAGAGAAGGCUUUCUGACAAAGAGGUUUCUCUCUGCCUGCGAUGCGUGAAGGGAGAGCUCACCUGCCGAGAACUUCUUGCUUUUCUUGUACUUUGGAGCCAUCCUGAUUCUGAACUCCAGAGCAGCAGCAGCGGUUUCAGGAAGCACUCUGAGCGGCCUGACGAAUCGUCGUGUCCUGACCUUAGUGCGAAACGCAUCCCCGCCCUAAGCGAAUUCUGAUCUUGCAU